UCGAGCCACAGACACACACACACGCAUGGAUUUACUUUGCCUCAUUAGUAGGUUAUUCUCCAUUUAAACGCAGACCAGUAUCCAAGCACUGUCACGAAGUUCACAUUUACAACAAGAGAAUCAAGAGAAUAUUCAAACAAUGCAGCCCACAAGACUACAGGUGAGAUGAUCAGAUGGAGUCAAGGGAGAGGAGCCGUCACUGUUCAGUAUGCGGAGGAUGGCGGAGGAAGUGCAACCCACGGAGCCGAGUUCAUGGUGGAUUUCUAGUUGGCUUCCUUCUUGGUGUCCCACCUCGGUCUCAAAGCUCAAGGAUGCAGAAGAAAAAAUGCUUACCUGUGUGAGAAACCCAUUUUCCAGGCAGUAUGUGCGUAUAUCAGAUGGAAACUACCUUUGGACCUUAGCCUUUACCUCUCAACAGCGAUCUCUACACCGGGCCCAGCCCAAACACCAAGCCCAGCCUCGGCCCAAGCCUCCCCUGGUCCUACUCCAUGGUUUUGGGGGUGGCUUGGCGCUAUGGGUCCAUAACCUGGAUGCUCUCUCAGACUUCGGAGCUGUGUAUGCCGUGGAUCUUCUGGGCUUCGGCCGGAGUAGCCGGCCCCGGUUUGGCAAUGACCCCCAGCAGGUGGAGGAGCGGUUUGUGGCCUCCCUGGAGGAGUGGAGGGAGAAGGUGGCUCUGGAGCAGAUUGUGUUGCUGGGACACAACCUGGGGGGAUACCUAUCUGCAGCCUACACACUGGCAUACCCACACAGGGUGAAGCAUCUGAUCUUGGUGGAGCCGUGGGGUUUCCCCCCCCGUCCAGAGAAGACCGAUCACGAGAGCAGCAUCCCGGUGUGGAUCAGAGCCAUGGGGGCCGUGUGGAGCCCCUUCAACCCCCUGGCUGGCCUCCGACUGGCUGGACCACUGGGGCCAUCGCUUGUCCAGAUGAUCAGAUCGGAUUUUAAACAGAAGUAUUUGUCCAUGUUUGAUGACAACACUGUGUCUGACUACAUCUAUCAUCUGAAUGUACAGACUCCUAGUGGAGAGACUGGAUUUAGAAAUAUGACCAUUCCUUAUGGUUGGGCCAAGAGACCCAUGCUGGAGAGAAUCGGACAUAUCAGAGCUGACAUUCCCAUGUCCUUCAUCUACGGAUCCCGCUCCAGCAUCGACAGUAACUCCGGAUACACCAUCCGGAAAACCAGGCCAGAUGUGGAAAUCAAUGUGAUUAGGGGAGCAGGUCACUAUGUCUUCGCCGAUCAGCCAGGUGACUUUAACCAGACCCUCCUCAAGAUCCUAGCAGACAUGGAUUAGAGGAAGGAACUGGAGGAGAGAGACUAGCAGGAAGAGAGGCGGGGGGUCAAGACGGAAGGAAUCAGGAAGAAGAAGGACCCAGAUGACCACCACCACUGACAGCAUUUAACUCACACACAUGUACAGACCGAGUACAGAGUUGACUAUCUGUGAUUCCAUCAUGAGGAUGAUGAGAGCAGUAAAGAUGGCAGUUAUGCUAA